UGUUUUUUUUUUUUUUCUUUUUUUCUUUUUUUCAUUUUUUUUUUCAUUGCUUGUCUAUUCUUGGAAUGGAAGAAAUACCCUUAGCCUCUUUAGCUGAUCUUCCUGAAAGAAAACAAAAACAUAUUCCCUCUCUCGCGGAUGCAUUUUCCGCGUGAGGUCCUCGAUCUCACCUUGCUCAGCCUAGACCAUCUUUUAUCUGUUAUGCCUUAUCAACCGACUCGCUCAGGUUACUUUGUUAUAUCCCCACCUGCACCAUACGUAUCGUUGUGAUACAGGCUUUCGAGCCACCAUCUAUAGCAUCACAAGAUGUCCUUCAAUGAUAACUUCACCGUCCCUAUAGUCGUCUCCAACCAGUGCGGAGAAACGAUAUGGCCCGGCGUCGGCACUCAGCACGGCCGCGGGCCCGGCACCGGCGGCUUCGAGCUGCAGGCGGGCAAGUCUCGCGAGUUUAACGUCAGUUGGGACUGGCAAGGCCGCAUCUGGGGCCGCACAAACUGCACCUUCAACUCUGACGGCAGCGGGCCAGGGCCUGGGGGCAGCAUCGCUGGGCCUGGCACGGCAUGCACGACGGGCGACUGCUUCGGGCGACUCAACUGCGAAUUCACAGGCGGCGUCCCCGCCACCCUGGCAGAGUUUACCCUCUGGGGCGGCUCGUCGGGCAAGCAAACCUUUUACGACAUCAGCCUGGUGGACGGCUACAACCUGCCGAUGGCCAUCGUCUACCUUCCCGCGCCCAACAUGACGUACAUACCACCGAACCUCGUCAACCCGAGCUGCAUCGCGACCUCCGGCUGGCUCGAGCCGCGCGCCCGGUCGGGCACUGACCACUACACCAACUCGUCGUACCCGAUGCCGUACGAGCCAGACCAGGACAAUAACAGUGUCGCCCGCUGGUGCCCCUGGGACCUGCAGCGCUUCCCGCCCGAGAAGCCCGGCAGCGGCGUCUAUCCUUACCCGGACGACCACAUCGAGCGCCCGGUCUUUGACCCGUGCCUGAGCGCGUGCAGCAAGACGGGCUCAAAGGAGGACUGCUGCUCGGGCGACCACGCCGACCCAAACGUCUGCAAGCCGGGCCUGUACAGCGGUAGCGCCAAGGCUGUAUGCCCGGACGCCUACAGCUACGCCUUUGACGACCAGACCUCGACCUUCAUCAUACCAUCGGGCGGCGGCUGGGAGGUGGUGUUUUGCCCCCAGGGGAGGUCGACCAACAUCCUCCGCACCUUUGGCGACCAGCUGAGGCAGCUGGGCGAGACUGGCAAGAUCAGCCAGAAGCAUUUGGAGGAACUCCGUAGCGCCGAGUAUAUCAAGAGUCGUCCAAGUGGUGCCGCAUCACCUAGCGCGCCUGUGUCUCUGAGGAAUGUGCUGGUCUUUUCUUUGGGGCUUGGACUUUUGAAUAUCAUGUGGUAGUAUGGGUGGCUUUGGAUACCGUGGGUUGGAAUGAUUUGACGUUUUGAUGAAGGUCGGGGUGGUGGAUGAUUGCUGGCCAUCAUCUCUUUAUUUCUUUUGCUUUUGGCUUGGAAAUCUCUUGCUUCAGGGGCAGAUUUUUAUGUCCUACGUUUCACGCGCUCCUUAUACCCCCCUUUGUUUUACGAUGCAGAUACCCUAGAUGCCUAAAUUGGACC